GCGGCAGGGCGGCGGCGAGACAACGGACCGCCCCCGCGCACGUCCGUCCGACUGCCCCGGCCGCGCUUUAAGAGCUGGCGCCGAAGCCGCAGUUGGAGGCGCCGAGACCCCGGAGACCCAGCCCGCGAGACCCAGCCCGGGCCGGGGCCCCUAGGGCCAGCCGGAGCAGCCUCAUGGCGGCUGGCCCUGGUGAUUGGGGGCAUCGCCGGGGGGCUGCUGCUGCUGCUGUUGGUCGGGCUGAGCUGCUGUCUGUGGAGGAGGCUCUGUGCCAUCCUUGCCUAUGAGGAGCUGCCAGGGACACCAGCCAUGGCCACCACAGCCACCUCCAGCGGACAGGGGGACAAGCUCUGCCAGAUGCAUACAAGGACCCCAUCCAGCAGCUGAGGAGACUGAGGCUCAAGGGACACAAGUAUCAGAUCCAGAUAGCAACAACUACCCUCCAGGUGUGCCGUUUGUGGUGCCCCCUUCCCUCCGAGGCCGAGACUGGAUGCCCCUGCACAGUGGAGAGUGGGCUCAGGCCCCACGGGACCCCUGCCUAGCUCCGGAGCUCCUGCCUCAUGCCCCCAGCAGUAACCUUGCCCUCCCACCCUCCAUUGUAGGAGACACAUGUGUGGUGGGGGCCAUCAACCCGGAGCUCUACAAGUUCUCGGAGGACAAGAGUGAGACCGACUUCCCUGCCGGCUGCCUAGGGCGGCUGUGGUUCUCCGUGGAAUACCAGCAGGAGGCCGAGCGGCUGCUGGUGGGCUUGAUCAAGGCACGGCAGCUGCAGGCCCCCUCAGAGACCUGCAGCCCCCUGGUGAAGCUCCACCUGCUGCCCGAUGAGCGGCGCUUCCUCCAGUCCAAGACCAAACGCAAAACCUCCAACCCGCAGUUUGACGAGCACUUCGUCUUCCAGGUGUCCAGCAAGAGUGUCACCCAGAGGGUACUGAGGCUCUCAGUGUACCACGUGGACAGGCAGAGGAAACACCAGCUCCUGGGCCAGGUGCUGUUCCCCCUGAAGCACGAGACCCUGGCAGGUGACUGCCGGCGCAUCAUCUGGAGAGACCUGGAGGCCGAGAGCCUGGAGCCUCCCUCGGAGUUUGGCGACCUCCAGUUCUGCCUCGGCUACAAUGACUACCUGAGCCGCCUGACAGUGGUCGUGCUGCGUGCCAAGGGCCUCCGGCUCCAGGAGGACAGGGGUAUUGUCAGUGUGUUUGUCAGAGUGUCUCUGAUGAACCACAACAAGUUCGUCAAGUGCAAAAAGACCUCGGCUGUGCUGGGCUCCAUCAACCCUGUGUACAACGAGACCUUCAGCUUCAAGACUGAUGCCACUGAGCUGGACACUGCCAGCCUCAGCCUGACAGUGAUGCAGAACCUGGAAGGGGACAAGAGCCAGCAGCUGGGCCGGGUGGUGGUGGGCCCCUACAUGUACACGCGAGGCAGGGAGCUGGAGCACUGGGACCAGAUGCUCAGCAGGCCCAAGGAGCUGGUGAAGCGCUGGCAUGCGCUCAGCCGCACCUCCGAGCCCUGACCUGCGCCCAGGACCGCGGCUCUGCUUCGGGACCCGCCCUCCUCGCAGUUGCUCGGGAUGGCCACAAGCAGGGACGUUUCAUCCAAGGUCUCCCUGGUCAGCAGCUGUGGCCAGUGCGCUCCCUACACAGCCUUACCUGCGGGGCUGCCCGGGCGUGGAGUCCUGGGCCUGGGCCUGAGUCAGAGUGGGACCCCAGGGGUUCUGAAGAAAUACUCCGUGUGGUGAUGGCUCGGCUGUGCGUCCUGCGUAGACGUGCGGGGCACACCUGGGCUCCGCCGUCUGGGAAAGCCAACGUGUGCUGAUGCAGCUGAUGACCCGCUGCUCUUCCACUGGGCUUUCUCCGCCUUCCUCCUGGCAGAGGAGACACACGCUCGGGGCGGUGGUGGGGAGAAUGCCGUGAGCAGCCGGCUCGGGUACCCACUGGUGGACCAUGUCAGCGCGGCCCACUGUGCGGGGUGAAGAGGGCCUCACCUGUGUGUUAGGUCCCUCCCCAGAGCGAUGGCCAGUCCCACCCACCACGUGAUGUCGGGUUUUGCCCCCGGCCCACCCUCCCCAGAGCCCAAAACCUCACACCCCCGGCCCUGUAGGUGUUCUGCUGCCGGCUUCCGUGGUCUCCCUGAUCCAACAGCACUCGGUUCCUGUUCACGUCAAGCAGGACAUGGUGGAAGCCGUGUGGCCAUAGUGUAGCCCACAGGGCUGAGAACGUUUCCUGUAAUCCCAGGGAUUCCAGUGUGAUUGUCGUGCUGUGGUGUCCGUAUAAAAUUCAUUAAGACAGAAGCCCCCACAAAUACCAGCCGUCAACUCCCCAGAAGCUGGACUCAAGCUAAGGAGCAGCGGCUGUGCCUGUCGCUGUUACCGAGACAGGCAGUGGGUACUUGCACCCCAGUGCUGUGGAGCCUGCAGAGUCGAUGCACUGUUGUUGUACAACUAGAACAGAACUUUGAACUAGUAUCUUUUUCUUAUGCAGUGAAGCAACUUCAGCGAAAUAAAGUAUCGAAUGUUA